AUGGCAGCAACAGUCGACACAUCAGACGCAAAGAAACAUCAUAAACGUACUUUUACUGGUUUUGCGCAUCAAGAUUUGAAAAAAGAAAGAGCUAAGUGGUCGAAAGAAACUCUGGCACUAUGGGAAAAAUAUGGUGCUUCGGAACCUGUUGAUAAAGAUGGCUUUCAGAAGUCUUUCAUUCGUCACGUGACUACUACUUUGGCACGUUCGAGCUUAAAUGUUGACAACUUCAGUGCAUAUCAAGCAACUGCACACACUGUUCGGGACAGAUUGAUUGAAAGAUGGAAUGUAACACAACAGGCCCACACAUUGAAAGAUCCUAAACGUGUCUAUUAUUUCUCCUUGGAAUUUCUUUUAGGGAGAUCACUAGAUAAUGCUUUACUUAAUCUCGACUUAAAAGAACAAUUUGGCGAGGGUGUCAAGGAACUCGGUUUCCGUAUGGAAGAUGUCCUUGAACAAGAAGUUGAUGCAGCUCUUGGAAAUGGUGGUCUUGGGCGUCUUGCUGCUUGUUACAUGGACUCGCUGGCUACCUUGGAUUAUCCUGCCUGGGGUUAUGGUCUCCGCUAUACUUAUGGUAUUUUCCAACAAAGAUUGAAGGAUGGUUAUCAAAUGGAAUUCCCUGAUUACUGGCUAAAUUUUGAUAAUCCUUGGGAAUUGCAACGUCUCGAUAUUGCCAUCGAAAUUCGAUUCGGAGGAUCUGUAUCCAAAUAUACCGAUGAAAAUGGUCACAUAAGAAGUAGAUGGGAAGGCGGCGAUGCUGUUCAAGCGGUAGCUUACGACGUUCCAAUUCCAGGUUAUGGAACCAAAAAUUGUAUAAACAUUCGUCUCUGGAGCAGUAAACCAAAAAGGCAAUUUGACCUUAGUCGCUUUAAUGAAGGUGAAUAUGAACAAGCUGUCCAAGAACAAAUGAAAGCGGAAAAUAUUACUGCGGUCUUGUAUCCGAACGAUAAUCAUAUGGUUGGAAAAGAGUUGCGUCUUAAACAACAAUACUUUUGGGUUGCCGCAAGUCUUUCUGAUAUUAUUCGUCGUUUUAAAAAAACUGAACGGGAUUGGGAUCAAUUCCCUGAAAAAGUUGCAAUUCAACUUAAUGACACGCAUCCGACACUUGCAAUUGUUGAGUUGCAACGAAUUUUAGUAGAUGAGGAGGGUCUCAAUUGGGAUGAUGCUUGGGAUAUUGUUACUCGCACUUUUGCAUUUACAAAUCACACAGUUCUUCCUGAAGCAAUGGAAAAAUGGCCUGUACCUAUGGUGGAAUAUUUAUUGCCCAGACAUAUGCAAAUUAUUUUUGAUGUUAAUCUGUUCUUUUUGCAAAAAGUUGAACAACAAUAUCCAAAUGAUCGUGAUGUUCUUGCGAGAAUGUCUAUUAUUGAAGAAGCUACGCCACAAUUUGUUCGAAUGGCACAUCUUGCUGUUGUCGGAUCCCAUCGGGUAAAUGGUGUCGCUGCACUUCACUCGAAUUUAAUCAAAACAACGAUCUUUAAAGAUUUCGUCAAAUACUUUGGCGCUGAUAAAUUCGAAAAUAAAACAAAUGGUAUAACGCCACGCAGGUGGCUACAUCAAGCCAACCCCAAAUUAAGUGAACUAAUUACUGAAGCACUUGGCCAUAAAAAAUGGUUAAAGGACUUGAAUUUACUAAAGAAUUUGGAACAACAUGUUAAGAACAAGGAUUUCAGACGUCGGUGGAUUGCAGUCAAACAUUCGAAUAAGGUUCGUUUGGCAGAAUAUAUUAAAUCAAAGACUGGAAUCGAUGUAAAUCCCAAUUCUUUGUUUGAUGUGCAAGUGAAACGAAUUCACGAAUAUAAACGUCAAUUCAUGAAUAUUUUGGGUGUUAUUCAUCGAUAUCACGAACUAAAAUCAUUAACACCCGAAGAACGACAAAACGUUGUUCCAAGAGUUGUGAUAUUCGGUGGCAAAGCAGCACCUGGAUACUACAUUGCCAAAUUAGUCAUUAAACUUAUUAAUAAUGUAUCGGCAGUGGUGAAUGCAGAUGAAAGCAUCGAAGAUCUGUUGAAGGUUGUAUUCAUCCCCGAUUACAACGUCUCGCUUGCCGAAAUAAUCAUUCCUGCUUCUGAUAUUUCGCAACAUAUAUCAACGGCCGGUACUGAGGCUUCAGGCACCAGCAAUAUGAAGUUUGUGUUGAAUGGUGGAUUGAUUCUUGGUACAGUUGACGGAGCUAACAUUGAGAUUCACGAAGAAAUCGGGGAUGAUAAUAUCUUUUUGUAUCGCAAUGUUCCUAUUGACCCUGCUCUACAAUCCGUUAUCACAUCAAUCGAAACUGGAAACUUUGGAGACGCGCGUAUUUUCUCACCUCUAAUUAAUACAUUAACUUUCGGCAAAGACUAUUACCUCAUUUCUGACGACUUUGGCUCGUAUCUUGAUGCCCAGAAGUUGGUUGACGAGGCAUACAAGGAUCAAGAUGAUUGGUCUAAAAAGAGUAUUUUGUGUACUGCAAGAAUGGGAUUUUUCUCUAGUGACAGGGCAAUAAGAGAGUAUGCUGAGCAAAUAUGGGAAGUAAAGCCUGUCCCAGUACAACCGGAAUAA